CUCAUACACGCCUGCUCGACGUCCCCCCUCUCUCCCUUCUGUAUCUCCCCACCCAGCUGGCAGUCAGGGGCUCACGUCCAUGUGUUGACUUUCUUUCAAUAUUUUCCUGCCUUGCCAUUAUUUACCCAGGCCUGAGUCAUGCCGCCCAAAAAGGUUCAAGAGCCAGAAAAGAAGCCCUUCAUUGGUAGAGUCGGUACCAACCUGAAGGUGGGCAUUGUUGGUGUUCCCAAUGUCGGAAAAUCCACAUUCUUCAAUGUUCUGACCAAAAGCCAGGCGCCCGCAGAAAAUUUCCCUUUCUGCACCAUUGAUCCCAAUGAGAGUCGUGUUCCUGUGCCAGAUGAGCGCUUUGAUUACCUCUGCAACUUCCACAAGCCUGCCAGCAAGGUGCCAGCCUUCCUGAAUGUGGUGGACAUUGCUGGUCUGGUGAAGGGAGCGGCCGAGGGCCAGGGCCUGGGCAACGCAUUUUUGUCACACAUCAAGGCUUGUGAUGCCAUCUUCCACCUUUGCCGUGCCUUUGACGAUGAUGAUGUCACCCAUGUGGAGGGUGAGGUUGACCCCGUGCGUGAUUUGGAGAUUAUCAAUGAGGAACUGCGGCUGAAGGAUGAGGACUACCUGACCAAAACUUUAGACGGUCUGGAAAGAACUGUCAUCAGAGGAAAUGACAAGAAAGGAAAACCAGAAUAUGACACGCUUGUUAAAGUUAAGGAGCUCUUAGUUAAUGAGAAGAAGCACAUUCGUUUUGGAGACUGGAGUGCAGUGGAUAUUGAAUUUUUGAACAAGCACAUGAUGAUUACUAGUAAGCCUAUGAUAUAUCUAGUAAAUCUUACAGAGAAGGAUUACAUCAAGAAGAAAAACAAGUGGUUGUUAAAAAUCAAGGAAUGGGUUGACAAGAAUGACCCUGGUGCACUCAUUAUCCCCUUCUGUGGAACAUUUGAACACAAACUUGUAGAAAUGGAAGAUGCUGAGCGAGAAGCUUACCUUAAAGAGCAGGGUACUACCAGUGCUCUGGCCAAGAUUAUCGUCAACGGUUACAAAGCUCUGACACUUGAAUAUUUCUUCACUGCUGGCCCUGAUGAAGUGAAAGCAUGGACCAUCCAGAAAGGUACCAAGGCUCCUCAAGCUGCUGGCAAAAUUCACACAGACUUUGAGAAAGGCUUCAUUAUGGCUGAAGUCAUGAAGUUCAAAGACUUCAAAGAAGAAGGCUCUGAAGCAGGUUGCAAAGCUGCUGGCAAGUAUCGUCAGCAAGGUCGCAACUACGUUGUGGAAGAUGGUGACAUUAUUUUCUUCAAGUUCAAUGCUGGAGCUGGUCUGAAGGAUGCGAAAAAGAAGUGAGGGAGAGGUUUGGCUGAUUUUUAAUGAAUUUCCCAAAUCUUUAUUAAACCUGAUUGUUAUUUUGUGCACUUUUUCAACUAACUUAUUGUGUUUCCAAUUGAUGCCGAUCUACACAGCUGGACUGUAGCCUCUCUUACUCAUGUGGAACUGACAACUGAAAUGAAUGUAAAACAACUUAAGCAGAAUAAAAUGGCAACAUCAUUUUUCUCAA